UGGCCGUGAUUGGUUCAUACUCACCUGGCGCAGGAGACCCGGUGUGCGCAGAGUUGGUCAGUCGUGUUGUGACCGUUGGUGUAGUAACACGUCUCAUGAUGAAGCUCUCAGUGUCAUGCUGGACCCUGGUCCUCGUGGCGGCUGUCAAUGCUGCCCCAAACUCGCCAGUGGUGGUGAGUGCCCCGGAAGACGUGACCAGCCACAACUUGACAGUUCCAACUGCCCGUGACCACGGCGUGUCCGAGGACGCCAGCAAGACCAACAAGCAGGAGAAUGACUACCUCGAUGAUUCUGACUAUAGUGAAGACGACACUGAAGACGUCUCGGGAGCGUUCGAGAGCGACAUCGACGAGACCUACACGAACAUGAAGCGUCGUUUGAUCGAGGACAACAACCGCCUGCAACACGACCUGCUGUUGAUCCGUCGCCUGAUGGGUCUCCUGCCCUUCGCUGGGAGGUCCGGCGGGUCCUCCUUCUCCCUGUGGGGCUUCCCCAGCUACGGGACCCCGACCAACGACACCGACGACGCCGACUACCCGACCUCAGAGAACGGUUCCGUGUUGUUAGUUCCGGUGGGCGACUUCGACUUCCCGACCUUUGGCUUUGGCUUGGACCGUCCGCUCUUCUCUAACUUCCCGGACUUGCCGGUGCCGCCCACCUUCCCCAACGUGGACGACCUGCCGGACAACUACGACAACUCCACCCAUGAAGUCCACGUGGUCAACGGUACUCGCAUCGAGGUCAACACCACCACCAACAAGGAGUCUGAAGAUGGCUUCAAGACCUUCUUCCACACCGAGGUGAUCGCCAUCCGUCCUGAAGACGACCACAACACCACAACCACACAGACGGAGGAAGGCACCAAGGCGACCCGCCCGACGGAGAACGGGAAACCGACGGUCCCGGAGGUAGAAAACGAGGCUGGCUCAUCAGGGGUAACUCUCCCACCAGUGCCGGAGGUGAAUACCAGUACCACCACCAGUACUAGUGGCAUCUUCCUUUGGUCGCCAGCGGUGUUCAAGGUAUGGAACAGCUUUGACGGAGCUCCAGCAGUACCACCUCAUAGUCCCAUUGGAGCCAAUGAUCCUAUCACCGAAGACCCAAUGAUAGCAGAGUAUUACAACUACUUUGAGGAUCCGUAUGAAGACCUGUACCCACUGGACUACGGCUCUGGUGAUUACACCUUGGGAACACCUGACGACGACGACGACGAUACACAGUCCUUCAAAAACAUGGAGAUUUACCUGCGCCAGGAACAGGACUUCAUGUUGUUGAAGCGACUAAUGGGUUAUCUUCUCAACACUAACAGAAACGGUAUUCCCUCUUUCGUCUACAAUGACUUAAACUACCCAGAAUCAUCUGAAGGCAAUUCUGAUGACACAUUGUCUCUAGAAGACCGGCCAAUCUUCUUCAACUUCCUAAAAUUUGCGGUAACACCCAACAUACCUAACGUGGACGACCUCCCAGACAACUACUACAACUCCACCCACAAUGUCCAUGUGGUCAACGGCACUCGUGUAGAGGUCAACACCACCACUAACAAGGAGUCUGAAGAUGGCUUCAAGUCCUUCUUCCACCAUGAGGUGAUUGCCAUCCACCCAGAAGAUGACCAGUACAAUGUCACAACCUCACAGACUGAGAAUCGCGGAGAGAAGAAGCCAGCGAAAGAUGAGGAGCUGCCAACACUGCCCGAGGUGGAGAAUGAGUCUGGCUCCCCAAGUUUAGCACGCCAUUUUGUUCCGCUAGAUGAGACUGAAACUAGCACCCAAGGAGACGUUUACCCCUCUAUACUGCCAGUAGAUGGCGAGGUGGUCACCACUGAGGACAUGGAUACCAAGAGAGUAGUGAGAGUACCUCGCAGGGCUGACGAUGAUGCUGAGGAAGUAGAGGUGGACGAUGACCAACAGCCCCCUCCAGACCUCAGUAAGGACACACGGGUUAAUCACUUGAACAAGGACCACCAGGGACUUGUCAAGGUCGACCCAAAUGCCGAGAUCUUCAAUCUAACCCUCGUCUUAGAAGAGGACAGGAAGAAUGCUGAUGAUAAAUAGACUUUGCAGCAAACAAUGUUAUUUUGACAAAUAUUACGCAAUAACGUUAACAAUGUUGUGGUGCAUUUUGGUACAUUGUUUGUUGGAAGCCAACUUUUAUGUUCAGGAAAUUUACAGUAAAGUUUGCACAUUGGAGACCAUAGUUGCCUUAGUUUUGGUUCAUUAAUAGAUGGGAUUUUGAAAUCUUUUCUUUAUUUAUAUAUAUUCAGGAGUUCUUACAUGCUUGUGAAGCCACUAGCACGCAUAGCUUUUUGGGCAGGUAAUCCUAAUCCUAAAUUGCCUUAAUCCUAAAUUUCCCCGGAAUACGAUUCGCCAAAAUCUUUUAACAACCAGGGACUCGUUCACUGCUGGAUGAACAGAGGCUACAGUUAAGGAUUGGCACGCGGUUAAUCCUCCCCGACCAGCUCUCACAGCUAGUGUGAAGGUGGGUGGAGGGGGGGCGUGAAGAAGUUCUGAACAUACAAGGGACAAAGGAAUUGUGAAAUGUAUAGUAAAGGAAAAUAGAUGUAGCUUUGAUUUCCAGGAAAAAGAAGGUAGUUAUGCAACUGUAUAACUCUCUGGUGCAAAAUUCAGAUAGCUAGAAAAGUUAGUCUUGGCAAGCUAGUUACACGGUUUAACACACCCGGGAGUGGCAAAGAUGAGGCUUCUUAAAGUGGGGUAAUUGGGCUGACCCCAACCUGCCCAUGACAAUCCCCUGUCACCCAUCAGUCACCCUGCCACGGUGGGUGAGGCUAGCCCCAAGCAUCUGGCCUACAACCUUGGACAAACUGACAUUAUAUUAUAUAAAUUAUAUAUAUAGAUAAUAAGCUCAGGAUGAAGCCUCAAAUUUCGUCGCCACGUCGAAUCAACCCAAUGGUUCCCAGGAUAUAUUUUUCUCUGGCUUCAAUACACAGUAUCUACCAUUGUUAAUAAUUGUUUGUAAUUUAUUUAACCUAAUUUCCAUGCUUAAAAUUAUACGUUUCUGGUUAAAUAAUUAUCAUUUAAUUCCAGACGUAACUUUAUUAAUUAAAUAUAUUGGUGUGUUUAA